AUGUUUCAAAUGAAUUUUUAUAGACAAUUUUUUGAUCUUGAUAGUGAUGUAUUUUUUCAAAAAAUUCAAAAAUCUUUAAAUCCAUUGGCACAUCUCGAUGAAUCAGAACCAUAUCCUCAUGAAUUAUACGGAUUUGUUUGGAUUACUGGAACAUUGAUUUUUUUAAUGUUUGUUAGUUCAACCGGAUCUCAUUUACUAAAUCAAUGGCUUCGUGGUAGUCCAGAUGAACCGUAUGCUUAUGAUUUUGAAUUAUUAAUUAAAUCAAUUAGUUUAUUUUAUGGGUAUAAUUUUGUUGUUCCUGCUUUGCUUUGGGCAAUGACCACUUAUUAUAACAAGUUCCCUGAACCACUUUCUUUGACUAGAACAAUUUCUAUAUAUGGAUAUACUAAUGUGUUAUGGAUCCCAAUUACUUUAAUUAAUGUUGUCAUUGUUGUGUUUGUUAAUAAUAACAAGCAUGGAUACAUUUUAAACGUUUUAGAAUGGACUAUUGUUGGAAUCAGUGGAUUAAUUACUGGAUUGAGCAACUUUAAUAAACUUGGACCUAUCAUCAAGAAGAAUUGUUUGAUGCUUAGCGAGACAGGAAGUAAAUCUUACUAUAUUAUUGUUGGAAUUUUAGCAGUUGUUCAUUUGGCAUUUGCUGUAGUUGUCAAAAUCAGUUUCUUUGGUAUCAAAGGAGAGAAAAUGAAUUGA